CAAGCGUACUGGUUACGCCAUUUUAGAGUUGACGAAGACUCGAAUUGGUUUGCUUUUCUCAUGUGAAAAACAGUGGGGAAAGUUCUAGGAAGAUAGGUCCGAAGCGUAAUAUAAACGAACCUCAGUGGUGGUAAAGUGAACGAGCCUUUCUUUUUCAGGUGCUACGAGAGAGGAAACCCUCAGAAGAAAAUACUUGUGAAGAUGGACAUGGGAAACGGCUCGGAGGCUGGAACGAGCGGCGGUGAGCCGUCGGCGAUUGACUACGACGUCUUCCUGAGUUUCAGGGGGCCGGACACUCGCCAAGGUUUCACGGAUUGUCUUUAUCAUAAAAUGCUAGAAGCAAACAUCUGUGUUUUCCUUGAUGAGGAUAAGCUCCACGUCGGUGAAGAAAUAGAUGAGCUAUUGGCAGCCAUCCAAAAGUCGAAGAUCUACAUACCUAUCUUCUCUAAAGGUUAUGCUUCGAGCGCGUGGUGCCUUCGCGAGCUCGCGCACAUGGUGGAUUGCAAGAAAUCCAAACCAUCCGAGAAGGAGAUUAUGCCGAUUUUCUACGACGUUAAGCCUCGCGAUGUUAAGCUUAAGUCUCAACGGUACGUCAGCGCUUUGGAGGAGCACGAAGAGAAGUGCGGUCGCCAGACGAGGCUAAAGUGGGAGGAUGCCCUCAAAAGUGUAGCCCAAAUCAAAGGAUGGGAGUUGAAAAAGCAAGGGCAUUGGAAAUUCAUUCAAUCGGUGCUACAAGAGAUUGUGAUGAAGCUGAAGACAAAAGACAAAUACGUCACUGAGCAUUUAGUUGGGAUGGACAAUCCAGUGGAAGCCGUUCUCAAGUUGUUGGACAUGGACUCCGGGGACUUGCGCUUUGUGCUAAUCCAUGGAAUGGGCGGAAUCGGUAAAACAACUCUUGCUAAGAUGGUGUUCAACAAACUAAAUUCCCUUUUCAAUCAAUGCUGCUUCCUAGGAAAUGUUCGGGAAUUGUCAACCAGCUUUGGCAUCAUAAAUUUGCAAAAACAAUUAUUGUCUGACACAUUGGGUUUGGGCUUUCAAGAUCAAAUCAACGAUGUCGACGAUGGGAUCAAAGUGAUUUAUAGCGACUUUCUAACAAGAAAGUCUUGCUCGUUCUGA